AUGGUAUCGGUGGUCAGGGACAGUGACAGUGAUGGCUUCACGUCCGUGACAGUGUCCGGCAGUGAGGAUGCCAUGGCAAAGGCAGAGGAGAUGAUCAACGAUCUGACCACAGACAGAGGACCACCUCGCCAUGGGGGACAGAGAUUUGGAGACCAGGAGCCAAGUGGGGAGGCACCGAGGCAGCAAAUCAACUGGGGAAUGAUCCUGAAGGACAAGGAGGAGAAUGAUAGAAAGAAAUUUGCAGCUCUCCCUCCUAUCAAGAAGAAUUUCUACAUAGAGAGUCCCGAGGUAGCCAACAUGCAUCCCAGUGAAGUGGAGAUGAUCAGGGAGAACAAUUUUAAUAUCACUGUCACUAACCUGUCAAAAACAUCGAAGAGUGUGCCAAUCCUGUCACCCACAUUUGAGCAGGCCUUUGAGCAUUAUCCGGAGAUUCUGGACACUAUCUACAAUCAAAACUUUGGCCAGCCCACUCCCAUACAGUGCCAGGCCUGGCCAGUACUGCUACAGGGUCUGGAUCUGAUAGGGAUUGCUCAGACUGGGACUGGUAAAACGUUGGCCUUCCUUCUGCCGGCUUUCAUCCACAUUGAUGGACAGCCUGUCCCCCGAGAAGAGCGCAAAGGCCCCAACGUGCUGGUGCUGUCCCCCACCCGUGAAUUGGCACUUCAAAUAGAGGAGGAGGUGAAAAAGUUCUCAUACAAGGGAAUACGCAGCAUAUGUGUAUACGGGGGUGGCAACCGGAGAGAGCAAAUCAAAGUGUGCACUGCUGGGGUAGAGAUUAUCGUAGCAACCCCCGGGCGACUAAAUGACCUUGUUAUGAACGGAAUAGUCAAUGUGACCUCAGUAACUUACCUGGUGCUGGACGAAGCUGACCGCAUGCUGGACAUGGGAUUUGAGCCUGAGAUAAAAAAGAUUCUGCUGGACAUACGGCCGGACAGGCAGACUGUCAUGACCAGUGCCACAUGGCCCUUAGAUGUUCAGCGUAUUGGUCAGUCCUAUCUGACUAACCCCAUCCAGGUGUUUGUGGGAUCCCUGGAUCUCGCUGCUGUUCACACUGUAACACAGAGGGUUGAGAUAGUGGCGGAUGAAGAAAAGAAAGAGCGCGUGAUGUACUUCAUUAACAAUGAGAUGGGCCCAGACGAUAAAGUGAUCAUCUUCGUUGGCAAGAAAGUCACGGCGGAUGAUCUCUCCAGUGAUUUCACUCUCAAUGGAAUUAACUGCCAGUGUAUCCAUGGAGACAGAGAACAGAUUGAUAGAGAGCAAGCAUUGGAUGACAUUAAGACGGGUGAGACCCGUGUGCUGGUGGCCACUGAUGUUGCAUCUCGAGGGCUGGACGUAAAAGAUCUCACGUAUGUUAUCAACUAUGACAUGCCCAGGAACAUUGAGGAGUAUGUACACAGAGUUGGGCGAACUGGGAGAGCAGGACGCACGGGUACCUCCCUGUCUCUGUUGACACGUGGAGACUGGUCCAAGGCUAGAGAUCUUAUCAAGAUUAUGGUGGAAGCACAACAGGAAGUUCCUCAGGAGCUAGAGGAGAUGGCUGAACGUUACCAGCAAAUGAGGGAGAAGAGGGACGCUGAGGGAGGGGGAGGGGGAAGGGGCGGGAGAUUUGGGGGGCGUGGGGGUGGGAGAGACUUUGGUGGGGGAUAUGGGGGCGGUGGCAGCUUUGGAGGGGGUGGGAGGCGUAGGAGAGAUGAGGGUGGCAUUCGAAUGAGCUUCGGCAUUCCUUAA